AUGGAUUUUCCUGAACAAGAGAACGAUGCUAGUGGUUCUAGCAAUUAUUCGUUAAAAAAGCAUAAAAAGUACAAAUCUCGCUCUAAUUCUUCCAAAAAUCAUUCUAAAUCCUAUUCUUUCAAGAAAUAUAGUAGAUCUUAUUCCAAUUCCUCCCAACAUGAAGAAUGUACUAGUAGCUCUAGCAAUUAUUCCCCUCAAGAAGAAAUAUAUAAUAAUGGUUCCUAUAAAGAAAAGUGGCGCAAGACUUCAUCUCUACAAAAAAGUAAUAACAAGAGUCAUAAGUCUCUUUCUCACCAACAAGAAAAUAGUAGGUCCCAUACACAAAGCCUUAUUAGUUCUUCAAAACAACAGCAAACCAGAACAUCCCAACUUAAUGAAGACUUAGAUGAAGUUAAAAGUGAACUUAAAAAACAAAAAAUUGAGCAAGAUAAUGAGCUCUUGGCUCAAUCAAUGGACAUAAAAGUUAUAAAACAUCUUUUUCCAGAAACCCUCUAUCCAAUACAAGAUGUUUUAAAGAACACAUUAAAGACAUACUUAGAAGAAAAACAUCAUGAUCUCUUUGUUGACCUCAGUCCUAUUCAAUUCUAUAACCAUUUUUAUU